CGGCCGUCAGUACAGAGGUGUCCGCGGGCGAGGCGGCACGUGCGGUGCACGCCUCGCUUCAUUGUUUUGGCUGUGUACACCAUUGUUUUACUCCAUUCGACUGCAAUCAAUACGAUAUUCAGUGAAAUACGACGGGCGGCAUUAUUUACGAAGAUAGUGCUGAAUCGUGCAACGACAUUAAAGGUCUUAUCUUUGCAGAUAAGUACUUGGUGGCUUAUUGACAAGUGAAACUCUCGAUCGUCCCAUUCAUAUAGGACGGUAUCGUUUGUGUUUUGUUAUUGGACCAUAAAUAUUGUGUAGUGAUCUCUCCCGUAAGGAUAGCAUGCAAAUCAAUAAUCAAGUGGAUGCCCAGCAGCGAACAGAAAAGAGCUCUUGCCGUGCGGCUUAUAACACGGUUGCAUAUUGAUUGGUCCAACCGGGAUCACUGGAAACUGUCGUCCUAUUACGAUACAACACGUAGCCGGGUCUGGAGAAACGGACGUAUAUUCAGAAAUUCUGUUUUCUUUAAAAACGUUUCACCGUAUGCUCAUCAUGUUGCGACCGGACGAAAGUAUCAGAUAGUCAGCCGGCCGCAACGCAGCAUGGGUGCAAAUAUGGGCAGGAACUCGAGCCUGCUCGACGCACUGCCCUCCACGCAGGGCACUCUCCAUGUCGUCAUGCUCGGCCUGGACUCCGCCGGCAAGACCACGGCGCUGUACAGGCUAAAAUUCGACCAAUACUUGAACACCGUCCCAACUAUAGGCUUUAAUUGUGAAAAAGUCAAAGGAACAAUCGGAAAAUCUAAGGGUGUAAAUUUUCUUGUAUGGGAUGUUGGCGGACAGGAAAAGCUCCGGCCGCUAUGGAAAUCAUACACGCGAUGCACGGAUGGUAUUAUUUUCGUUUUAGAUUCCGUCGACGUUGAGAGAAUGGAGGAAGCUAAAAUGGAGCUGAUACGUACAGCUAAAUCGCCAGAUAAUACUGGUGUUCCAAUACUAGUACUCGCGAAUAAACAAGAUUUACCAGGCGCAAAGGAACCACGCGAAUUGGAGAAGCUUUUAGGAUUACAUGAACUAGUCUCGUCGCCUCACGGCUCCCGUGACGCACACUCUUGGCAUGUACAACCCGCUUGUGCAAUAACCGGAGAAGGACUCCAUGAGGGUCUUGAAGCACUCUAUGAGAUGAUACUUAAAAGGAGAAAACUAGCCAAGCUGCAGAAAAAGCGAGUCAGAUAAAUUAUUCGUGCGUAAUAAUAUAUAUGAUAAAAAUUAGUCAGGACACGUAGAAGAGUUAAACAAUGCUCAUGGGAUGUGGAUAUUAGUAGGGUCCUCGAUCGAACACCAAAUAUUGAUUUUAAUAUAGGUUUAUAACGUCUUAUGAAGAUAUUCCAUCAAAGUGUUGCUCAAAUUUACAUUUUGAAGGAUACGAAUAUUUUGAUAAAUUGUAAAACCAAUUUACCACUAGUCAUUUUCUUUUGAAAAUAGCUAGCGGAUAAAAUAAUAACAGCGUCGUUUAGUUAAAAUGAUAAAAGAGUGGAAAUAUUUUAAUUCACAAGCUUAGUUGACUAACUUCUUACAAUACACGGGGAAUCAGAUCAGCCAGAAGAUAAGAAAUAUAUGUAAAAUGAAUGCAAUACUCUUAAAACCAUAUUAAGAAGCCUUUUCUUUUGGUCUUAACUCCAUGGGUUAAUCUUGCAGGAUUUUAAACAGCACAUUAGUUUUUUGCAUGAAUAGCCAAAUAGUCACAACAGUCUAAACUUCUUUAUAUAACACAUUUUGAAAAAAAUGUAUCAAACUCCCUGUAAAUGUAACCUUAAUCUCAAAUAUGAAACGUAUUUAUACUGUAAUUGUAUCUUUCAACAAUUAUUUUCCUUAUCUAACCUUGACUUCUUGUAUAUAGCACAAUGUAAAUAUAAUUUAGUACCUGUAAUUACAUUAAAAGUUCCGAACUCUAUCCAUUGCAUUAGAACGUCUUAAUCGUAAAUAAGGAAAAAUAACUCAUUGAAAUUUCAAUUCACUAAAUAUUGUUCUUUAAUAUAAAUGGCAAAGAGAAAAUAAGAAAAUAUACAAACAUCACGGAAGAAAGUACAUAAUACAUUAUCGUUUCAUGUUUAUUGAUAGCGAUAAUAUUAAUUAGGUAUUUAUUUAUUUACUCGUAGACUUAGAAUAAAUAUAACCAAUGUAUUGAUUUAAUUAAGCUUUUACCAGAAUUUAUUUUACUCACCCUGUAAAUAUGUAAAUUCCAAAUAUGUAGUUAUCAAUACCAAGAUACCAAACAUUUAUAUGAGUAGGUAAACUAUCUACUUUUUGUUAUUAUAUUUGUUUUAAUAAUAUCAUUAACGCUAAUGUAAUUGUAUUGUGUUUAAUGGUGAUACAUAAAUGUUAUUUUUAAUGAAUCCCCGUAAUAAAGUC